GGUUUGCUGGGAAGUCCUGUUUGGACGGACCAGAGUAUUUGCAUUUCUUGUAUAAUGUCAGACCCAAGGAGUCUUGGGGAUUGGCAGUGUUGCAGAGUUCACAGCCAGGUCCCCUUUUCUGCCAAGAAAAGAGGGUUAAAGCAUUUCAAAAACAAUGGGCAAAAAUCUCAGGGGGAAGAACAGCCGUGUGAGUGUUAACUCCACUCUCCCCAGAAGAGAGUACAGAGGUCAAAACCGCAUCUUUCCUGAUGUCAUUCAAGAUUGCUGCUUGUCUUGAAUCCCACUUACUCCCGAGCAGGACAAAAAUAUUUCAUAGGCUGAUGACGCAAAGCACCUGCCGCCCCCUCUCGGAGAGCCUGGACACCCAGAACUACAGGACCAGCAUGGUUGGGAUUUGGGAAACCCUUUCUGAGGGAGAAGGGUGCAGGCGGACGUGGAAGACUUCUGUUUUAGUGAAGGGAGCCCCACUUUGGAAGCUGCCAGUCCCAGGGCACUGGGGUGGGCUGAGGCCGACCAUGCCCAGCCUGCUGUUGGUGUUCACUCUGGCUCUGCUGUCCACCUGGGCCCAGCUGCUGACAGAAGCCAGCUCCUGGUGGUCGUUAGCUAUGAACCCAGUGCAGAGACCCGAGAUGUUUAUCAUCGGCGCUCAGCCUGUGUGUAGUCAGCUGCCUGGGCUCUCCCCUGGCCAGAGAAAGCUGUGCCAACUGUACCAAGAACACAUGGUCUACAUUGCGGAGGGAGCCAAGACGGGCAUCAGAGAGUGCCAGCACCAAUUCCGGCAGAGGCGGUGGAACUGCAGCACCGUGAACAACACGUCUGUCUUCGGCAGAGUCAUGCAGAUAGGCAGCCGCGAGACCGCUUUCACCUAUGCCGUGAGCGCUGCAGGUGUGGUCAAUGCCAUCAGCCGGGCUUGCCGCGAGGGUGAGCUCUCCACGUGUGGGUGCAGCCGGACAGCACGGCCCAAGGACCUACCCCGGGACUGGCUGUGGGGUGGCUGUGGGGACAAUGUGGAGUACGGCUACCGCUUUGCCAAGGAGUUUGUGGAUGCUCGGGAGCGGGAGAAGAACUAUGCCAAGGGGUCGGAGGAGCAGGGCCGCGUGCUCAUGAACCUGCAGAACAAUGAAGCGGGUCGAAGGGCUGUGUAUAAGAUGGCAGAUGUGGCCUGCAAAUGCCAUGGCGUCUCAGGGUCCUGCAGCCUCAAGACCUGCUGGCUCCAGCUGGCCGAGUUCCGCAAAGUGGGAGACCAGCUGAAGGAGAAGUACGACAGCGCGGCUGCCGUGCGCAUCACCCGCAAGGGCAAGCUGGAGCUGGUCAACAGCCGCUUCAGCCCGCCCACCCCAGAGGACCUGGUCUACGUGGACCCCAGCCCGGACUACUGCCUGCGCAAUGAGACCACGGGUUCCCUGGGCACCCAGGGCCGCCUCUGCAACAAGACCUCGGAGGGCAUGGAUGGCUGUGAGCUCAUGUGCUGUGGCCGCGGCUAUGACCAGUUCAAGAGCGUCCAGGUGGAGCGCUGCCACUGCCGGUUCCACUGGUGCUGCUUUGUCAAGUGCAAAAAGUGCACCGAGAUCGUCGACCAGUACAUCUGUAAAUAGCCGUGGAGGCUCCGCUCCUGACCCUCUCCUUCACUCGGCCUCAUGAGAGUCUAUAUUAUAUAAAUCUAUAUAAAUAUAUUUUAUAUUUGUAUAAAUAAAUGGGUGGGUGAUAAAUAAUCAAGAGAAGAAAAUGGAAAGGAAAGCUUAUUUAAGAGAACUUGGCCAUCUUUCGGGACUGGGCUUUGGUGGUCCUCUGCUUCCGUGGGAGGGAGAAGGGUUUUAUUUCCCUCCCUCUGGAGGGGACUCUCAGGAGGAGGAGGAUAUGGAAGGACCUCCUGUCUAUCCAGCUCGCCUGGUUGGAUAGAGGAGACGAUUUUGCCUGGAGGUUGGGAGACUUUGCUGGGUUGAUGGCUGCCUGUGACCCCAUCCACGAGGCCGAGAGACCCCGUGCAAGGCAGAGGACCUCAGCCUAACCCUGAUGGCUUCGGGGGCGAGCCCAGAGCACGGCUUGGUUCAGGAGGAGCCCCGUGCUCUCCUGCUCUGUGGCCCGGGUGCACAUUCGCGGAACCCACACUGGCAGGAACAGCUCCUUCCCAGCACAAGGAGGGGAGAGGUCUGAUGUCCCCCCAGCCUGGUGACUCCCCGGCCUGUCUUGUCAGUAAGAACAGUUCAUAGCUCCUGCACCAAGAGGAAAGGGGAUCAUUGGACCUGCUGUGACAGGGGAGGUGUGAGCUGGGUGUUCGUGCCUGGGCUGCAGGAACUUGCGUGCAACAUAGACUGAGUGACCGUCGCACUAUCCUCUCACACAGGGAGAGGAAACUGCUGCUGCUGCUGCUGCUGCUGCUGCUUUAUCUGUCAAGGGAGGCCUCACGGACGAUAGCAAGUGUCGCCAGGUCAGAGAGCCUGGCAUGCUCUCGUCCUCUCUGUCCAGAUGUACAGUUGCCCUCUAUAUUAAAAAUCCUUCGCCCAGGUU